CUCAUCAACACCUCGAACAUCGUACACGUCCAACAACACUCGCCAUGGGUCAUUCGGCCGGUCUCCGUGCUGGCACGCGCUAUGCGUUCUCGAGGGGCUUCAAGCAACGCGGUGCAAUUCCGCUCUCGACCUACCUCCAGCACUACAGGGUUGGUGACAUUGUGGACGUUGUGGCCAAUGGUGCCGUGCAGAAGGGUAUGCCCUACAAGGUCUACCACGGCAAGACCGGCGUCGUCUACAACGUGACCAAGUCUGCUGUCGGCGUCAUUCUCUACAAGCAGGUCGGCAACCGAUACAUCGAGAAGCGCGUCAACGUUCGCAUCGAGCACGUCCGACACUCCCGAUCCCGAGAAGACUUUGUGAGGCGCGUCAAGGAGAAUGUUGAGAAGCGAAAGAAGGCCAAGACCGAGGGUAUCCACAUCCACUUGAAGCGCGAGCCCGCCAUGCCCAGGGAAGCACGAACCGUCAGCCUCAAGGGCAACAAGCCUGAGAGCAUCACGCCUGUGCCGUACGAGACAACGAUCUAAGCGGGGGAAGGUGGCUUUUCGUGGGCGGCAAAAUGGGAUAUGGAAAGGUCAACGGCGUGGUUAUGACGGUUCUCACAAAUAUUCUCUCUGGUCUGCGCUUUCUCUAGCAUAUGGAAGCAGCGAUGUCAUGGCAUUCGUAUUGCAGAUAAAACGGCGUGCCGAUAUGGCUAAGAGUUACCCUCCAUGCCAAUGAUACCUCAUCCUCCAAUCCCAUCCUUGUGCACGUAGUUCUU